CCAUGCUUCCACACAAUAUUACUCCACAUAACUUACUUUUCUUAUCACCUCAUAUCAUCAUCAAUAUCCAUCACACUCUCUAUUCAUUAUUCACACACAGACAUCAGUUAGAAAUGGCCACAAGUCUUCAUGGAGCCAAGUCCAUGGCGCCACUAUCUCUGCCGCCGGGAGCUACCACCGGCCGCUUUGCGCUGAAAUCACCCUUCUUCUCUCCAUCUGUUCACCUAUUCAUGCCAUCUCAACUCUCAACUCUCCCAACUACUGCGCCUAAAUUCUCGAUGCGUGUUGCUUCCAAGCAAGCCUACAUCUGCCGCGAUUGCGGGUAUAUCUACAAUGACAGAACACCUUUUGAGAAACUGGCUGAUAACUAUUUCUGCCCUGUAUGUGGUGCCCCAAAAAGGAGAUUCAGGCCAUAUGCGCCAGAUGUUUCUAAAAAUGCAAACAGCACAGAUGUUCGAAAAGCCAGGAAAGAACAGAUUAAGAGAGACGAAGCUAUCGGGCAGGCAUUGCCCUUCGCAAUAGCACUUGGAGCGGCAGCAUUGAUUGCCCUAUAUUUCUACCUCAACACCACCAUCUAAGAUUAAUAGGAUAACUCAUUGUACUACAUUUUUGUUACACUUGUGCAUUCCUCUAUUUCAAUUCAUCUUUCAAUUUCUUUUUCAAUGAAAAAUAGGUAGUAAUACUACUAAA